CAGCUCGAAGCGCUCUAUCUCUGUGGGAGUGUUUGCAAACAAUAUCGUUCGUGCGUUGAUAUAUGACAAUCAUUUGAACCGAGAUAGUUAUAAAUUCAAUUGUAGCACUCUGUUUUGGAGUAGAUCUCACGCUUUGCAGUCAGGCCUGUUCCGUUUUAAGCAAAAUGGCCAAAAGCAUCCGCAGCCAGCGUGGCAAAAAAAUGCGGGCCAUAAAGCGUGUCCGUUAUGCCCAGAAGCAACUUAAGCAGCUGAAGGAGACAGUAGCAAAAACGGUAAACCAUGUCACUGUGGGCAGCAUGGAUAUAGAUUCUGCUAGGGCAGAGGUUGCAGAUUACAUCGAAUGGAAGAAAAAACAGGUUGCAGAAAAACUACAGAAACAAGAGGAAAGCGCGAUGGAUUUAGACGAAGUUCCGCAAUGGCGUCGCUUCAUUGUACACAUGGCGAGAAACGCUGCAUGAAAAUGUUCUAUAAACCGGUAUCCUCAAGUGAUGUAUUAAGUGUACCGAAUUCGCCCCGUAAUACAUCAGCCACAUUAGAACUUGUUGCCGACCGCCCUCAAUGACAAUAGUGGAAUACGUUUCGCGUAAACCAUUUAGGAGUGGGAUGGAGUUACACGUUUUUGUUACACGCAUCUCGGGAAUACGCGUUGGGCUGUCCUGCAACCAACUGUUGAUCCCGUGAAGGUCUGCCGGUUCCUACAGACAACUUAUCUCAGGCGACCUUAGUGCACUGGAAAAGAUCGUCUAUCGUUGAUUUGUAUACUGAAUCUUCUUCCAGCGCUUCAUCGGCAUCACAGUUUAUGUGAUCCCUUUCUAUCUAUAGAUUAUCCACAACAGCCGAUUGAGGAGUUACCAAAUAGCAUUUUAGACUAACGAACAUGGAUUGAAGUUCUUAGUGUAGCUAGAGGAGAUGGUAGAAUCGCGCUGAAUGAUGUUCAAGUACACUUUAUUUCAGUAAACGCCCCAUGCUCUUUGUUUCCGGUAGCUUUUUUUUUAAUGCAUCGCUUUCGUUUAAGCAGGCAGUAGCGGUCCUCAGGUGAUGAUUUUCUCGGGUUCUGGUACGUGUUCCUUGGUUAUAACAGUAGCUUUUUCAAGUUAACGAUAUAAUCAACUGUGAUAUAAUCAGCUCGUCCAGGUAACCAUUCGCUGGCACGAUAUGCCAGUCUUGCAGGAGAUGCUGAACCCAACACGAGUAGCGGGAGUGUAGCCUCUAUUUAGAGCAACUGAUAACCUUGUAAACUCUUAAGUCGAACUUCGCCGGAUAGCGGACGAUGUAGUCUUUGAGACGUGUAAACGCCUGAAUUAGGCGAACAAAGCAUGUGUUUCCAAUUUUUAUUGAAAGCAUAGGAUUUUUUAUGGGACGGACAUCGGCGGUUUCUGCGGUUUCUAGCACCACAGAAAUCUCGAACAGCUGCAGGCUAGAAACUUUGAAAAUUGAACACGCUAUUAACAGGGGUUGCCAUAUGCUCCGAAACGUCUUUGAGCAUUCUGGGAUCUUGCUUGACGGAGUGCUCAGACUACCUAUAGUGAAAAGGCAAAGGCAGCAAGCCAUGCAAUCGACCUAGCGCUGUCGGUUACUAUCAGGACGAAGAUGGAACUAGAGAACAAAGUAAACCUAACUUUAAGUAAUGUGACACGUUAGAUGAGCAGACACCAGUUUGAACUACUGAGAAAAAGGCACUAUUUAUUUGCAAAAACCCUAACGUUAGUUUGGGAAGAUACAUUUAUAGAUAAUUUAUAGAUAAAUGCUUGGGAGUGAAACUUAAUCAGGACCCAGUCGGAGCUUUACACCAACUCAAAUGCUGAAGAAGGGAGCUUUAACCGCAUAAAGUUUCAGAACAGACUGGUGCCGAAAUCAGAAAUUGGGGGUAAGAAAAAGAGGAAGGUACUGUAGCGGCGUAUUGUAUUUUUCUACGUAGCCCAAAAAGAAGUAUCAGAUCAAAAAGAAGUAAAGACCACCCGAGGACGCCACUGCGGCUUCGUUUUCCGCGGGUAAAUAGAGCAUUACAAAUCCAGGUCUCACUGUCCAUAAGCGUUUGCAAACGUAUCUUCACGGAAUAGGAGAGGCGCUAAGCGACUCGUGCAUCACAUGCAACGAUGGCAUGUACGACGCCAUGACUCAUAUCUUGGGGCACUGCACCGUCUAUGAAAAGGAAGGGGUACAAGUGGAAGAAAACUAGGGCAUACAUUUAAGGCCGACGUCAUGAUAAACUGAAUUCUUCGUAAGGUAGCAAGAAGGUUAUAAAGCUUAAAGACCGGGAGCGAAUAAGACAUAGCCAGACGGUAGAAUUGCCCCGAGCCCUGCGUGAGUGCAAGAGUAUUUUUCUUGGAGGAACAUGGUUUUUGGUGAUCACCCAGCCAGUUAAAAAAAAAUGGUGGCUAAAGAACGACACUACUGUAGCACACGCUUAGAGGCCAGGCCCGGCGUUGGUAAAGAUCUGCAAAUUAACUUCAAGAAGACACAUUGAAUUCUGACCGCCUACAGGAAAACUGCGAUUCUUCUGUAUAAGCUUAACGGCAAGCGUAGAAGCCUUGUCAUUUACGUUUCUUUUCAAAAUUGACUAAAGUUUAUAAUAAAUCGAAAGCUAUAAUACAUGGAUCGGAGUCAAUAAGUGCAAUCUAGGCCAUAUUGAAGUUUAGAGUAAAAUAGAUAUAUGUCGUGUUCUCUUACCAGCUUUACUAUCCAGUUGCAGAAUAUAGUGCUUAAGGGCCGCUAUAAUAUUUUUUUAGUUAUUGAUUCAGUACGUCCUCGACAACUUUGUUGAGUUAAAAGAAAUUCAGGUAAAUAUAUGCUCCUUUCGUAUAAUGUUAUGGGGUAUGUGAUCUCAUCUCACCUGAACCAAUAACGUAGGCAAUAUGAAUUGUUCUGUUAAUAAUAAUUUGCUAAUUGGACCAUUAAGAGCAUUCACUGUCCGUUAAGCAACUACGAAAUACUCAUUUUUAAUAGCAGGAAAGUACCCGCUUAAUCGAUAAUUAUACUAAGGCGAUAAUUAUUCGACCGUACAAUUGUCGUUAAAUUCAGAGAAUUAAGCGGUAAUAAUAUUUGUAUUAUUAUGAUAAGUGUAUUCAUUUGGUGAAAAAUGUUUAUUUUAAGCCGUGGCGUACACAUAAUUUUUAUGCGUUACUUUUGUUUGUAGAGCUAACUUUACUGAAUCCUAAUCAGACGUCUUCUCUACGAA